GAUGAGGUCCCAGAGGACUGGUGAAGGGCAAACAUAGUACCAAUCUUUAAAAAGGGGAACAAAGAGGACCUGGAAAAUUGUAGACCUAUCAGCUUAACUUUGAUGCCUGGACAGAUACUAGAUCAAAUUAUUAAACAAUUUGUAAGCACUUAGAGGACAAUAGGAUUACAAAGAAUAGCCAGCAUGGAUUUGUCCUGAACAAAUCAUGCCAAACCAACCUAAUUUCCUUUUUUGAUACGGUUACUGACCUAGUGAUGGGGGGAAGCAGUAGAUGUGUUAUAGUAAGGCUUCUGAUACACCCCCAUGGGAUAGUCUCAGAAUCAAACUAGGGAAAUAUGGGCUAGAUGAAAUUACUAUAAUGUGGAUGCACAACUGCUUGAAAGACCAUAAAGAAUAAUUAUAAAUGGUUCACUGUGAAACUGGGAGGAUGUAUCUCACGAGGUCCAACAGGGAUCAGUUGUGGGUCCAGUAUUAUUCAAUAUUCACUGGAGAUCUAGAUUAGAUGUUAGGGAAAAAUAUAUAUCUAUAAGGACAUUUAAGAUCUGGAAUAGGCUUUCAAGGAAGGUUGUGGCAUCCCCAUCACUGGAAGUUUUACACCUCUCAAGGAUGGUCUAGGUAUACUUGGUCCUACCUCAGCACAGGGGGCUGGAUUUGAUAACUUCUCCAGAUCUCUUCCAGCCUUUCAUUUCAACCGUUAUAUGCUCUGUGUUUGCAGUAGGCAUGCGAUGCUGUUCAGCCUGCAGAUAGCAAACAGGAGUCCUGGACGUGCUCCUAAGGCAGCAGAAGCUGCACCCUGGCUUGCGUGCGGCCGGAUCUUCCUUCUCCUUGCUGUGGGGAUGGGGAGCUCAGCGCAGCCUGGCUGCAGACAGCACAUGGGGAUGGGGGGGCAGGGGUGAGUGAUGCACGGGACAGGGGCUGGCAGCGCUGCCCUGAACCGCGUGCAGCCCUCGCGGUAGGAUUGCUGAACCCCAGGGAAGGAAGGGGAGGGCAGCGGCCAUCACCUGAUUGGCCAGCGCGCCGGGGACCCGAGUUAAAGUGCGGCAGCGCUAGGAAGAGGAGGCGGCGGCGGUUCAGCUCAGCUCAGCUCCGGCAGCCAGAGCCGGGCACAACGGCGGCAAUCAGCACCCAGGAUGGGCAGCAGAGUCACUUUCUUUGAGUCUUUUCCAAACAUUCUGCUCCUGGUGUUGGGACUUGUUUGGCCCAGCUGCCACUCACUGAAAUCCCUGUGCCAGGUUGCAAUGCCUGGAGCAGGGAGCCAAGCCCAGCCUCGCGGGAUGGGAGUCACUGCUGCAAGGUGGAAAUCCUUGAUUGGAAGACAAAGCAACAGCUGUGCUUUCUGGAUAAGGUGGAACCACAUGCCACGAUUAGUGAUAUCAGAUUGAUGUUCCAUAAAUCAUAUCCCAAAUGGUAUCCAGCCAGGCAGUCAAUAAGACUUUAUCCCAAAGGAAAAUCCUUGAGAGAUGAGGAAAUCCUGCAGCAUCUCCCAGUUGGCACAACCGCUACGCUAUAUUUUAAAGAUUUAGGGCCACAAAUAGGAUGGACUAUGGUAUUUUUGACGGAAUAUGCAGGUCCAUUGUUCAUCUAUUUUCUGUUUUAUUUCCGCAUGCCUUUUGUCUAUGGGCUGGAUGACAAGCUUACAUCAAGCCCACAUCCAGUGGUUAACUUGGCAUGUAUCUGCCAUUCUUUCCACUACAUCAAAAGGUUGAUUGAAACAAUAUUUGUUCAUCGGUUCUCCCAUGGGACUAUGCCACUGAGGAAUAUUAUUAAGAACUGCUUCUAUUACUGGGGAUUUGCAGCGUGGCUCGCUUAUUACAUCAAUCAUCCUCUUUAUACACCUCCUUCCUAUGGACAAAAACAGAUAAAUUUUGCUGUGAUCAUGUUUCUGAUAUGUGAAGCUGGAAAUUUCUCUAUCCACGUUGCACUCAGUGACCUGAGAAGAGAUGGAUCCAAGAUCCGUAAGAUCCCUUAUCCAACAAAGAAUCCUUUCACAUGGCUGUUUUUCUUUGUAUCCUGUCCUAACUAUACAUAUGAGGUGGGGGCAUGGAUCAGCUUCACCAUCAUGACUCAGUGCGUCCCGGUGGGAUUGUUCACAUUUCUUUGCUUCAUUCAGAUGACAGUUUGGGCAAAGGAUAAACACUACACCUACGUACGAGAAUUCAAGGAUUAUCCAAGUCUUAGGAUGCCAAUUAUUCCUUUCUUACUGUAAGAAGAAAGAACUGCUGGAAUACCUGAGGGGAACUACAGGAGGACAAAGCUGAUGGGCUCUUUUUAUUGAGAAACCUGCUGGCAAAUGAGAGAAUUCAUUUAGAUAACUAAACCAGGGUGGUUCUGCUGCAUGGUAUCUCCAUUGCUGUGGGAAAUUCUAUACAAUUGGAAGCUACAUCUCCCUAAUAUUCUAAAUUUUCAGAAAGUCAUAUUGGUUGCCAUGACUUUAUUUGCAGCCAAUGGCCUUUAAGGCACACGAUUGGCCUAGAUCCUUUCAAUUAGUGACAGUUGUAGCUUUCUGUACUGGCCUGGUUGGUUUUGUGGAUCACAAUGAAGCCUUGCCACCGGUAAGCUUCAGCUUGUGGAACAGCAUUCCACAGAAGUGCUGAUUGACUACAUUGGAAAGGAGACUCACCAUUGAUUUCUGGAGUCAUCAUCAGGUCAGCUGAUCCAAAGGAGAUGCGUGUGCUGCCUUUCCUUGCUGGAGAGAAAGUGCUAUGCGGACAGGGGCUUCAUGGGGAAAUGAAGAAGUUACAAAGGAGGGAAAUAGGAGUACUCAGAAUAGAGGUGAGCAAUAGCUCAGAUGUCCGAGUUAGCCUGAACACACACUUUGACAAGUCAAAACCUUAAAUCACAAGUCAUUAUGAAUAGAACAUCCCCUGUUAGGAAAACUCCUUUAUCAAUAAAUUGCUCACCAGCUAGUAGACUGGAUUUUGAAGAUGUAGUAUCUUCAGUAGCUGUGAUAUUUGGCUUGUUUUCAUAAAACAAGUCAUUACGAUACCAAAAAACUUUUACUUAGAGGUUUUAUGUUAGUGUUCUCUGAAGAGUUUUUAAUGUACUUUGUAAACAAAUGCGCUGACCUACAGUCCUCAAAAUGAUAGUUCUGUCCCUGUUUGUAAAGCAGGGAGAAGGAAUCAAUUACAUAGUGAACUUUCUAUAUUUUGUUUUCCACAAGGUGUUCAGUUUAACUUGGAAGGUUUUCUAUAAAUCUAUUCAAGAAACUACUGCAAAUCCUGUCGUAAUGAUUUUUUUAACUACCUAUUUUAGAAUGUAUCUACAAAGAGAACAGUGUUUCUUCAUGAUGAUUUAUUUACCUAGAAAUGACUUAUAGAAAGAUUUUUGCAACCAUUUGUAAAGAUAAAAUAUGCAAUAAAUUCAAGCCUACAUUUUGAACUCUGUCAAUAAUUAUGGCAACAAAAGAUGAUGCAUUAUAGCUGGUUGCAGAAGUUUCAUAGUUUAUAUAUAAAACAAAAUGGUCUUGUAUCAAAUUAAGAAGUUACAUCCACUGGAUAAAAAACAAACCAACAAAAUCCCCGGAGUUCAUUAUGACACAGCAAAUUCUACCA